GAUGUCCCUAUCACAGCUUCGGAAGUUCGAUUUAAACCGACUGCACGACCAGAUCUCCCGCCUCGAUUCUCCUCCCAGCAUUCGAAGACCGGGUGCGCAACUGCUGGCGGCGAUCCUGAUGGAGGAGGUGAACUUUGGCAAGUGGCUUCAUCUGGUAGACUUCUGUGGAAGAACGCUUUGGAGCACUCUGAUCAUCGCCUUUUCUUUGGCUCGGGAAGGAGCCGCUAUAUCCACGGGCUAUGCUCUGCGGACUCUGUGGCUUCAUUUCAUCCACACCUUCGUCGAGCUCGACG